UUUAAGUCGGAAGUUUGAUUCGUUUUACUGCCGCUUGAUUAAAAACCGAGGACAUCAUUGAAGGAAUGAACUAUUUGUGGAGAUCAACGACCGUACCUCUCACCUGUGCCAGUUGGGGGAGGUCACCGAACUCUAGACCACAAACAAAUGUCUUCCCCAAAGUUCUGGUUGUAGUGUUGCUGAUGUUGAUGUUGGGUGCUGCUGAUGGGACAACAGAAAGAUCUUGGUCAGAAUUAUCCGAACUUGAAAGGCAAAUGGAACGUCUGAAAUUUUGCUUAAGUGAAGUAGAAAAGCAGGAAACCCGAGCAGACGAUAAGGCCAAGUACUCCUGUGAUGUAAACCAUCUGAAUUUUCUAGUAGACUAUUAUUAUAAGGACGCUGCCCAUGAAUUAGCGCAAACCAAUCCGGAAAUGCGCAAUUACAUCACGAAAAGGAAAGCAUGGCGAAAGACUUUAUUGUGCCGAUUGAUUGCGCUAGUGAUUGGACUAUACUCUCUCAUUGUGCUACUGGUAAACACGCUCAUUCAGCCCAAUCCUUCUCUCUGGCUAUUCAUAGUCAAUUGGGUCAAAGGAACCGGAUGGAUGUUUGUAGUGGUAUAUGUCCUUCAUUUUUUCUGGCAAAGAACUCAGUAAUUGUUCAUAGAUUUAUGAUUUAAAAUCCUGCAUUAUUACAUAUUUUGUUACUAUUUAUUUUACUUAACAUUUAUUUUCAUACCUUUUUUAAUAUC